GCGCCCACUCAGCAGAACCGAGGCGAUCGAGGGUGAAGUGGGACGGCCUCUCCCCCAAAACAAUUUCAAACCUCGCGUCGGCCGCCGAGCCCAUUUCAAACCCGAAAAAUCCCCAAACGCACCGAGGGAGCGGCGAGAAGCAGCAGUGGUCCCUUUCCUCUCUUCCCCAUCCCCCCUCCCCAAAGCGGAGAAACCCAAGCUCGCGAGAGAGAGACAAGCCCUGGGAGCCCAAUCCGAUUCGGUUUCGUCCGUCUCCACCUCGGGGAGAUCUAACGGCGGCGAUGCCACUAGGGGAGGGCGCGGCGAUGGCGGGGGAGUUCGCGCUGCCGGACGAGGUCCUGGCGGCGCUGCCGCGGGACCCGUACGAGCAGCUGGAUCUGGCGCGGCGCAUCACGGCGCUAGCCGUGGCGGGGCGGGUGUCCGGGCUGGAGCGGGAGGCGGCGCGGCUGCGGGCGGAGACCGCGGAGAAGGACCGCGAGAACGGGGAGCUGCGGGAGCGGGUGGCGCUGCUCGACACCGCGCUGCAGGAGACCAACACCAGGCUCCGCGCCGUGCUCGAGGACAAUAUUAAGCUCAGCAAGGAGAGGGACUCGCUGACGCAGACGUCCAAGAAGCUGGCGCGCGACUUGCAGAAGCUGGAGUCAUUCAAGAGGCAUCUGAUGCAGUCGCUGCAAGAUGAUGGUUCAUCGCCACAGGAAACAGUUGACAUUACAACAUGUGAUCAGCCGGUAGCAUUGAAAGUAUCGUCAUGUGGAGAUGGUGGAUCUGUCAGCCAUUCCACUACAAAUAUAUUGAGCGGGUCUGUGGAUGUUGGAAGCACAAACCGAGAAGCUGCAAGGUCUGCAAUCCAAAAAUAUGCCCUCUCAUCACACAUCACUCCUCGACUUACUCCGGAAGCCACACCGAAAAUAAUGUCCACUUCUGCUUCUCCAAGGCGCAUGUCUACCACAGCAACACCAAAAUUGAUGUCUGGCGCUACCUCACCAACACGACCUCGAAUUGAAGGGCACAUGUCAAUGACACCAUGGUAUCCAUCAAGCAAGCAAUCCUCUGCAGCUAACUCACCUCCACGAGGACGUCCCAACCCAGGUCGCACUCCUCGUAUUGAUGGAAAGGAGUUUUUUCGUCAGGCCAGGAGCCGUCUAUCAUACGAACAAUUUGGAGCGUUCUUAGCUAACAUCAAAGAGCUCAAUGCCCAUAAGCAGUCCCGGGAGGAAACUCUCAAGAAGGCUGAAGAGAUCUUUGGUCCAGACAACAAAGAUCUUUAUCUCUCUUUCCAAGGACUGCUAAACCGUAGCAUGCCAUAGGCUUCAUGUUGCUCAUUAGUUGAUUACAUGAAGUUACUGCAUUAGUAACUUAUUGCCAUCUAGUUGCGGAGUGCAAUGUCGAGCUGCAAAAUUUUGCCCCAUAAUCUACUUUAGGCCUUGGAAUGGUCAGAUCUCCCUCUGAACAACAGGGCUGUUGUUGGGUUAGUGUUGUACUUCCUGAAAUGGGAGGGCAGUUUGUUGCUCAAAUUAGGUUACAAUCUGUUCAAGGGCCGUCCUUGUAAUAUCGCGAAAUAAACUUAGCACCUGCAAUUGUCUCUUAUCUUAUUCUUAGCUGUCUGGAAACUUUUUGCUCUGUUCUCUUUGAACUGAAAUGUGGACUUCUCUGAAGUUCAUUGCGCAGCUAAUAAAAGUUUGCAGAUAAUUCUUGAAACACCAAAAAUAAAUUAAACACUAGGACAAACAUAGAUAAUAGUUAUUUGCA